AGCGUUUCCCACAAAGUGAGACCGUGAGAUGCCAGUCCGCCAUCCGAGGCCAUCGUCGUCGCUGGCGGCAAGUAGGGAUCCUUUGCGGUUAGCACGGCCCGCGUCUGGCGCGUCCAAGCCCGGGCCUAAGUUGUGGCAGCUGCUCCCAUGCCUAUGUUCCCCUCUGUUCGAGCUCAGAGAUGAUUCACUGGUGAGAUGCGGUCUGCCGUCUGAGGUCGUUGUUGUGGCCGGCGGCAAGGCGAGAGCUAUUGCGGAUAGCACCGCUUACGUCGGGGCGCCAAAGCCCGAUCCUAAGUUGUGGCAGCUGCUCCAUGUCGCUGUUCCCCGCCGAACAGCGUCGCGUGCUGCUCCAUGCCGCCGUUCCCCGCCGAACAGCAUCGCGUGCGGGGGCGGUCAGUUGGUACCCCAAGAUACAGCACAAGCUCGUGCAAACUCACUUGAAGUUUGGAGCUCGAUGCAAGCUCAAAGGGAGAGGAGCCGCCAUGGAUUUCUGUCCAGGGGCCGCCAUGGAGCCGAGCGGGAAGCGCGCUCCGGCCUUCCUCCGCGUCACCGGCGAUCCCCCUCCCCCUCCCAAAAAUCGCCACGUACGGAUCCGGGCCCUGCAAGCUCCGUCCGCUGCCUUUCUGCAUCGAACGCGAGCCCUCCCGGGCGGCGCAUAGUGAGAGCUUGGGAGCAUGGAGGAGAGGGGGAUCUGAGGCUUAACGGUGGUUCCUGGUGCUGUGCUCACCGGUGCCGACCAGCGGGCGUCGCGGCACCGGAUCGAGCAUCGCCGGGGUCGGUCGCCUCCUGGCGGCUGGGAUAGAGAGGUAAGGGAGAGCCCGCCACGGGGCUGGCUGGAGGUGGCCGCGGCGGCGCGAGGCGGGGCGGGCCGACGCGCGGCGGCGGCGGGGUCGCCGACGCGCGGCGGCGGCGUGGGGCAGGAGGUGGCGGCAGGCUAGGCUCGAGAUGGGAUCGAGGAGGCUGGGCUAUUUUUUUUCUUUUCUCUCCUCCAUACCGGUUCGGGCUGACUUAUGCCGAGGACUGCGGGUUAAUUUUUAUAA